AUGCUUGCACAUUCGAUGGACACGCCUAACCGCAAACGACCACGGCCACCAGCCAAGAUGCGUCGUCGCUCGUCGCUCGCCGCUCUCAACUCGAGCACAGCCAGUUCGAGGACGCUGACGUCGUCCCCGCCUCCGGCAUACGCGAGCACACCCUCCGACGAGUUGGUUGUACCAACGGACAGCCACUCGUUCCCUGAAACCCUUUUGGGUUCUCCUGUCCCUUCGUCUUUUAGGUUCAAACCGUUGGAUCCUAUGUCGCCUGGACCGGGGACGGGUAGUGGUAGUGGAGGCCCCCAGGAGUGGAUCGACGAAAAGUCGAGAGAGGAGUUGGCAGAGUUGUUGGUUAAAGCUGAGGAUAUUAUCAAGGAGCGUGAAAAUGAACUGGGCAUGACAGCGGCCGUCGUCAAAGGAUUAUACGAAACCAACAUUGCGCUCAAGUCGAAACACGAGGCGUUCCUGUCUCGCUUACCGGUCUCUUCCUCACCGCGUGCUACACCCCCGCCAGCCAGCUCAUCGCCAGACGACGACCUCCACCUCAUCGUCUCGCGCAACAACAGCUACUCGAGCACGGACUCGGUCAAUUAUGACAGCUCACCUGUCGCACCCGUACCCCCGCCCUUCUACCGACGCCAUGCCCGCCACGUCUCGAUGUCGACGAACGAAAUCUCCCUCCUGGCGGACCAAAAUGCGGAAUUGAUGCAGAAAAUUGAGCAGCUCGAGUCCGAGUCGAACUCGGCGGACCAGGCUGGGAGGAGGGAGUUGAAGAGGUUGGAGAAGGAGAUUGCGUCGCUGCGUGAGGCGCUGGAGAAGACGCAGGCGAAGAGCCAGGAGUUGGAGGAGAAGACGAAGGGGUUGGAUAAGGGUAUUGAUCGGGUUGUUGAGGAUGCGUGGAAGAAAAAGAGGGAGAGGGAGUUGAGGAUUCAGGCGUUGAAGAGUGCGGGGAGGGAGGAGACGCCUGGCAAGGCUAGGGAUUUUGCACCGCGGGGGUCGACGUUUGGGUACCAUGCGUUCUCGAGGUCCAUGAGCAACCUAGCGGAAUUCGAAGACGACGACAUCGAUCAGGAUGGGGUCGAUGAAGACGAGACGUUGACGAACGACAAGGCGCCGCUUUUCGUACCGCCUGAACAUGAAAUUAUUACGCAGCUUCUGCGCAAGGUGCAAGAGCUGGAGGAGACGAAUUCGAAGAUUUUGCAGCAGCAGAAGGAGACGGUGAAUCAGCUGCAGGCGGUCCAGCGUGAUGCGGAGCAGAUGAGCAAGAUGUAUGAGGGCCUUGGGGAUCCUCAGGAUUUGGACGUUGACGUUGAAGACGUUGACGCGGACAGUUGUGUCAAGUUUGGAAGUUCGCCGAGGAAAGCCGGUUCGUUCAAUUCGAGGAAGAGGUCGAAGGAGAGGAAGUCGCUGGCCGGUUUGUUUGAAGACCAGCCUUCGUCAUCGUCCUCGGUCCACCCGCUCUAUGCCUCCUGGAAUGGGAACGACGGUCGACACCGGUCUUCCUACUCCUUGGACUCGAAUACCGGCCUUGCCUCUCCAGCUCUAUCCACCCUCAGCUUCCUCAACUCUCCUCACAUGGAACUCGACGAACUUUCCCCUGCUGGACCUCGACGUACCCUCGACGCAGAACUCGGGAAGUACCUCAAAGGCGAGGAGUACUGGAGUGGGUCGUAUCGCGGUUUCAACCACUUGCGUACACACUCUCUUUCGAACCUCAGUCAAUGGUCGGCUCCAGCAUCACCGUCUCCCAAUGCGGGUUUGGGUCUUCCCAAUGUCGCUUCCCUGGCUAUCUCCAAUCCGCCAUCCUCUUCUUCGCUGGGGAACAACGUCCCGCUUGUAGUGGAGCCGAAACCGUCACCACUGCCUACCCCUCCUAACCAAGGAUUGCACCUCUCCGUUGACCCGCCCACUCCCGAAAAAGAAAAGCGAGUUCGCCCUAGCCCUAGCGGUUCCUCCCUUCGUGCUCAAGACAACCAACAACUCCACCCAGGCAGCAAGUCCCCCCGCCAACAAUUCAUCUCUCAAAGGAUCCGGGAUCGACGAGCAAGGUGGGAAGACGAGAGGUUCGGCUCGCUGUCUUCCAUCUCCUCAUCUGUAUGGGGUGAGGCAUCGGGUUCGAAACCUGAGCCCGUCUUCGUCGCGCCGUCUCCUGGUCCGCCUGCUGUGUUGCGUGGUCAGCCGGGUGCGAAACCCAAGAUGCCGAGGAGGAUCACGAGCAUCGUUGAUAGUCUCGUCGACCAGUUCGAUGGUGCCGCCGCAGGAGGUGUCGUGCGCAAUAGGAGCAGGACCAGGUUCGCGACGCCUGAUACGGAGAGUGGGUACGAGGAGAGUGAUGAAGGGGAUUACGAUGAGUAUACGGAUGAAGGAGCGUUUGGAGAUUCGUCGUUUGAGACUACCGAGUACGACGAGGACGAUGAUGAAGAUGGAUAUGAUGAUGACGACGAUACUGAAGGCGACGAGCCGCAUCUCAAGACACCGCAACUCGCGGAAGGCAAUGCACUCCAAUUACACCAAACGCGAUCCCCGACGUCGGUUUCGUUUGCCAACCCUACUGCGUCUCCAUCGUCCGGCAACAAGAAGAAAGCGCCUGGGAGUAAAUGGGGCAACGUCCUCCUCGAGCUGUGGUUGUGGCUGCAGUUUGCAGUUAUUAUCUUUGUGUUCUUGUUUGCAAUGGCGAAGAGGGGUCCGAAGGCUGUUUUGGCUGAUGCGGAGGGGAGAGGAGGGAGGACGAGGAAGGUGUCGUUGCAUGCCAGGAGGCAUUGA